CAAAGGGUUAUUCUUUUGUGCGCGCAUGUGUGUGUGUUCUCAUGCGUGAAAACAUUUGUCUGGAAAGUAAAGCGGCCUAGUAAAAUACUAAUUUAGGACCUAUAGUAAGCUUCAGCAACAAAAACAAAAAAUGGCUUUGAUUGGAUACAGUUCAAAGUGUAAAAAUACACCGCCACCAGUUGAAUCUCUAAAAAUUUAUCGCGACACAAAUUCGUUGGUUUCAACAGGGGAAGCUCACAUAAGCAUCAGAAGUCAACAGCUAAUCUCAAUGGUUUUGGUUUCAAAAUCUGAUGGUGAUGCUACGUCAGAGAGUAUGCCUGUGGAAUGCCGCAAACAUACUGAACGUUCCCCGACCCCCUCAGAUGGAGAGCAGUUCAGAGUUUGGCGCUCUUCAGAUUCAAAAUUAUCCAAAAGAGAAAGGCCGGUGGUUGAGAAUCGGGAGAUGCCGCAGACAUCCAAACCUUUAAAGAACAUGUCUCGUUCCAAAUCGCUCAGCCCUCAAUGGUCAUCAGAUAAACGAAAGACUUCUUCCAUGAAACGCUCGGCCACUUUCUCAGGAAAAAUAACAAAGUCAAAGAUCACCAAAACCUCAAAGUUGAAUGAUUACCGAAAUGCAAAGAUAAAAAAUGAGACUGGCAGUGGCACAACAUGGAUGACCAGAAUUUUCUAUGUUCUUACAUUAUUUAUGUUACUAUUCGUGGUGGUUAAGUUAGUGUGGAUCAACAGUAGUCAGAGUGCACUUCCAUAUAAUCACAGUGAAGUGCUGAUAAACACAACAGGUUUACAAAAAUACCUGCAGCAUAAUUUCUUUGGUCAAAGAUAUGCAAUCAAAUUCCUCCAUGAAAUUCUACAAGUAGAGUUGAAUGGCGAGAAACAUAAACGCCCUCUUAUCCUCUCAUUUCAUGGUGGACCAGGUGUAGGGAAGACAUUCCUUACAGAAGCUAUAACUAAACAUUUGUUUACUAAUGGGUUGGAUAGCCAAUGUGUUCAUAACUUCAUUUCUAGCCUGCACAUAAGAAAUGUGGGAGACAACAUCAACCAUGAUAUCAUCGCAGAGUUCCUUCUCCAAUCAACAUAUAUACGAUGUCCACUUCAGUUGUUUAUAAUUGACAAUAUGGAAAUCCUAUCACCUCAUCUGGUCAACUACAUUUCCCAAAGUAUACAAACUUCAUUGUCGGAUUCAAGCAGAGUUAAAUCUAUUAUUGUGAUUUUUGCAAGUACUCUUGGAGGAAAACAAAUUUUCAAAAUGAGAGAUUGUUCAGAUGCUGUUUGCUAUUUGCAAACCACCAAGAUGUUAAAAAAAGAAUUGUCACUGACAUGGACAUCUGAAAAAACCUUGGAUGUGGAUAAAGUAGAAUAUAAUUUUCUGCAUUCAAGUGAAUUUUUUGUUUUUUUCCCACUGAAACGUCAACAUAUAAAAUUGUGUGUGCAACAUGUUUUGCAACAGUAUCUGCCGUCUGAAAAAAUUACAGAUGAACUUCUUGAACGGGUUGCUUCAGAAAUCAGUUUUGUUUAUGUUGGUGAAAAGGGAUAUUCGUCCUCUGGUUGCAAGCAGGUUGCAGAGAAAGUCAUGUUGCAUUUAUAGUUAAUAGUUGCUGGAGCAGUUCUUAUUCUACCAGUUGUAUGCAGUUGAAAGUCAUCAUACAUAGUCAACAUACACACUGCGUCAUGUAGAUGGAUUCGCAGUCUGCGUUUCCAGCUUUACAUUCCUAAAUUCUGUUGAUGCUGGAUUUAGUGGUUACAUUUAUAAUUUCAGAAGAUGAUAAUUUCAGAAGACGAUAAGGACAUAUUAAACAAUUUUCAUUUAAUAAUAGCAUUUAUUUUCAAAUUGAAAUACAAUAUUCAGUUUAUCAUCAUUCAUUGAUAAUUAUAAAAGUAGAAUGAUAUUUAGCAAAGGUAAAAGAAAUUGACCAAUCAGAACAGUGCCAGGAAUAUGUUCGGGUAUGUUUCAACACUUGUCUUGUGGGAACAACAAUAUCUAAGGGGCGGGGCGGGAUUUUGCGGAAAGGUCCAUUAAUAGCACUUUCUGUCUUUUUUAUCAGAAUACUGUACAAUACAGUGGAGUAAACAACUUAGCAGCAAGUUGAUUGGUGGACUUUUAUCUAUAGGCUAUUUUAUUAACUGUACAGCUAAAUAUUGUUUACACACUAGCUGAUAAUCAAAAGCAAAAUUCAAACUAGAUAAUAGCCUACAGUGUAUGCCUUAAACAUACUCUGUAUACCAUUUGUUGGUAUUUGCAAUAUCGCAUAUGUUUGAUGUUCAAUUACCAUAACGUUCCAAUUUAACUAUGUACAGUACUAGGCUGUAAUUAUUUUUCAGAUUACUAAUACUAUUGUACUAAUAAGGAGUACAAUAUAAAGACAUACCAAGUAUGCAACAGAUUAUAUAUAUUUUUAUUACUCAUAAUGCUUCUUGGAAAGUAUUGAUCUAUCACUGAUUUGCAUGGGUUAAAGUAAACCCCAACUGUACCGUGUAUGUCUCACCCCAUCCUGUAGACUGAGUUCCAGUCUCUAAAUUUUGUCUUGAUCAUUGAAAACUGAAGUAUGAAAAAUAAAUCAACUUUGGCACCAA